AUGUUAUCCCACAAGGACUGUUCCGUCUUCUGGGUCCCGGCCGUGGACGCCAUCAGCUUUGAGAAUGCCUAUCGCGAAGUCGGUCAAGCUCUCGGUGUCAGACUCGAAGAUGACAAAGCAGACGUCAAGCUGCUUGUGAAAGCCGCCCUCGAAUACGAGAGAAUCGGCAGCUGGCUUUUGGUCGUCGAUAACGCCGAUGAUUUGAAGCUAGUAACGGAACUCUCCAAAUAUCUCCCAUCUAGCCGGAAGGGUUCCGUGCUAUUCACGACCAGGAACCACGCCACGGUAUUGAGGCUUGACAGCCAGCCAGAGAGUGUUGAAAAGAUCAGGGAAAUGAGCCGACAUGAGGCUCUCAAUUUGUUGAAAAAGAACGCGGGGGAAAGCCUGUGUCGUGACUCUGUAAGCACGGAAACGUUGCUCGACUUCCUCGCGGAUUUUCCUCUGGCUAUUAGUCAAGCAUCUACAUACAUGUUCCAGAGCGGGACGUCAACCAAACUGUAUCUCGCUUACUACCAGUCGAGUGACGAGACUAAGGUCAGACUGCUUAGCAAGGACUUCCAGGAUCGCGGACGUUAUGAGUUGACGAAGAACCCAGUAGCGACAACUUGGCUAAUUUUGUUCGAUCACAUUACACGGGAUCAGCCACUUGCUGCGGAGUACCUGAGGUUUAUGUGUUUUCUCGCAGAAAAAGAUAUCCCAAAAUUGUUACUUCCCCCAAGUGGGGUUGAUCUUGAAGAAGAAGCUAUCGGCACCCUAAAGGGGUAUGCAUUUAUUACCCAACGGGACCACCCUAAUUCGUAUGAUAUGCAUCGGCUCGUUCGAUUAGCUACGCGCGGCGAGCAUCCGGACAUACUUCACAGUAUAAACAACCUCGCAAAUAUACUCGACAGCCAGGGGAAGUACGAAGAGGCCGAGAGGAAGUAUCGGCAGACCCUCGAGCUAAGGGAGAAGGUACUAGGCCGCGAGCAUCCCGGCACACUUGACAGUAUAAACAACCUCGCAAACGUACUAGAUAGCCAGGGGAAGUACAAGGAGUCCGAGAAGACGCAUCGACAGACUCCCGAGCUAAGGGAGAAGGUACUAGGCCGUGAGCAUCCCGACACACUUAAAAGUAUGAACAACCUCGCAAACGUACUAGACAGCCAGGGCAAGUACGAGGAGGCCGAGGAGGCCGAGCAGACCCUCGAGCUAGAUCGUGAGCAUCCGACACACUUAGUAGUAUGGAUGCUGGUCUUCGGGGCUGCUCGGUCUCUACUACUCGUCACUCGCCCGAUCUGCUAG